AUGAAAGAUCUCGCCGUGCCGGAGCUCCAUCCUACAACAUCGACACCGACCUCCACAGCAGCAGGUGACCACCAUACCGCUCGCAACAAACUGCGGAAGCGCUCUCCCCGGCGGCCUGCUCCACCCGGGCGCUUCCACACAAACAGCAGCACCACCACUGCCGCCGCCGCCGCCGCGUCUGGUCAGCAGAAGCCCCGCAGUGUGUCUGCAAACAACAGCAGCAGUAACAGCAACAGCAACAACACCAGUCCGCGCCGCGCUGCCGGUGGUGCAGAAGUAGCAGCGACGACGUCGACAGGAGCAGCGCGCACGUUGCAACGCUCCUCGUCUAGCCGGCGCCACGCACAGCAGAAGCACUCGCCUAGCCCAAUGCUGCCGAGCCCUAGCUCGUCCAACUCCAACUCCAAUCGCAAUCAGCUCGCCAGCGACGUCGAUAACGCGCCCGCCAGCUCCAACCGGAACUCUCUGCACCCGCCAAGCUACACCUACCACCACCAGCACGCGCAUACACCGCAGCCCGCGCGCUGGUCCAUCACGCACCAGACGUCGAGCGACCUGCUCGGACAGCGUUUUGACUCUGCCGACAUCCUGAACAAUCUGAACGCCGUCUCCUACUCCGCCGACUACACCACUGACUACACCACCGCCGCUGGCGCCGCCUCCACUACCCGGCAAGCUCCCGCCUACGAUCCCUUUGCGCCCACUGUCACGCAACCGCGCCCAGAACCUCCUCAACUGCACGUCGCACCGCCCACCGAAACACAGUCGUACGGAAACAGCGCCGCCAUCGCCAACCCCGCUGUGCGGCUGUCGCAGUCCCUAGCUGCGACAGGGCGGCGCAUGGAUGAUCUUGCGUCCCCGCGGGGCGACAUGAGCGGCAUGAGGAGUCCACGUCAGAGGUACAGCGAUGAGAGUGGGAAGGAAGGCAAGGUGCUUAAGAAGAAGAGCGGCUUUUCCAAUAUCAUAUCCAGCCUUGUGGGUACGCCUCGGAAACCUACCAUAUCAGCGCCGGAGAAUCCUGUGCAUGUCACCCACGUGGGCUACGAUCAAGAAACAGGCGAGUUCACGGGACUACCCAAAGAAUGGCAGCGAACAUUGCAAGCGAACGGCAUCACCGAACAAGAGCAGAAGAAGAAUCCGCAAGCCAUCAUCGACGUGGUCACCUUCUUCAAUGAGAACAACGACAACGGCAGCGACGACUGGACCUACCACAAAUUCGACAAUGCAAAGCCACGGGACUGUCCACAAUCGCUGGCGCCGCAAGGCUACCCACAGCAAGGGCCGAGCCCAGGAGGAUAUGGGCAGAUCAUGAGCCCGCCUGCUAGUCCACGAUUUCCAAAGAAUGAAGGGGAGAGUUUCGAGAAUCCGCGAGCACCACCGCCAGUCCCACGAGGUCAAGGCCUGGGACUGAGCAGUCCGAUAAGUCCACCUGCUGCCAAUGGCAACAUGCUCCCUAUGCGGCCAGCACCCAAGCCUCCAGGAGGUCACUCGGCGACUAUGGUACCUCAACGAGCAGCACCACCAGUACCCAGCCCUCAGCGAGAGCAGCCAAGGAAUGAGAACGGUCUUCCUGCCGUCAGAUAUGCACCACCAACAGUGACCGACAUUUCGUCGAAUACUCAACCUAUGCAAAGCCGGAGUCGUGCAAACACUGGACCAGCAUACCAGGCUCAAUCGCCAGUGUCGUCGCCCCAGGAGUACCAGCGACAACAAGAAGAGGCCAUGAAACAUGCCCAGCAAGCUAUGAAGCAACAGUCGCUAGAGAGAUCGCAGUCUCAGAGGCAACCCAACAAUGUCUACCAACAGCAGCAAGCAGUGCCCCAACAACAACUACCAUCACCCUCCGACUCCCGACAGAUACCACAUCCCGCUGCUGUGGAUCCCAGGCUGGGACCGGCACCACGGCCAAGACAGCGUCCACGACAGUCGAUCACGAAUGCAGAGGUUCUGAGCAAACUCCAGCACAUUUGCAAUUCUUCGGAUCCAACGAAGAAGUACCGAAACCUGAUCAAGAUCGGACAGGGCGCAUCCGGUGGUGUGUACACAGCGUUCGAGGUCGGCACUAACAAGUGCGUGGCCAUCAAGCAGAUGAAUCUUGAACAGCAGCCCAAGAAGGACCUGAUCAUCAACGAGAUUCUGGUCAUGAGGGAUAGCAAGCAUAAGAAUGUUGUCAACUUUAUGGACAGUUUUCUCGUCAAGGGCGACCUUUGGGUGGUGAUGGAGUAUAUGGAGGGCGGAAGCUUAACAGACGUGGUGACCUUCAACAUGAUGUCGGAAGGGCAGAUCUCAGCGGUGUGUCGAGAGACGCUUCACGGGCUGCAGUUUCUGCAUUCCAAGGGUGUCAUCCACCGUGACAUCAAGUCGGACAACAUCUUGUUGUCCAUGGAAGGCAGCAUCAAGCUUACAGAUUUCGGCUUCUGCGCACAGAUCAACGAGUCGUACAUGAAGCGUACCACCAUGGUUGGCACACCUUACUGGAUGGCGCCCGAGGUCGUGACAAGGAAGGAGUACGGCCGCAAAAUCGAUAUCUGGUCUCUUGGAAUCAUGGCCAUCGAAAUGAUCGAGGGCGAGCCGCCGUAUCUGACCGAGUCUCCACUACGAGCUCUGUACUUGAUCGCCACCAAUGGAACGCCUGCCAUCAAAGAAGAGCACAAUUUGACGCCUUUGUUCAGAGAUUUCCUGUCAUUUGCGCUGAAGGUAGAUCCGGACAAGAGAGCAUCGGCUCAUGACUUGCUCAAGCACGGUUUCAUUCAGACUGCCGAGCCUUUGGCGACACUUGCGCCGCUUGUCAAGGCAGCAAGACUCGCACGUGCCGAGGAACGUAAGAACAAGGGCAAUUAA